CACUCAGUCAGUCGCGCGAGACAGUCUUGCAAACAGGUCACGCGCUGACUCUCUCACCCGCAACUAAAAAAACCCGAGCUGGCACCUCACGCACACAUAAAUUCUUCUGUCUUUCGACCACCCUCUCAUUUGUUAGUCCUCGUGUGUGGGGUCGGCAGCGGUGCCGUUGUCCGCUGCCCGCGAGCGGGAGCUGCCCCUCUUCUUCUCCUUCUCCUUGUCCUUGUCCUUGGCAGCGGCAGCAGCAGCACCGCCCGCCUUCUCCUUCUCCUUGUCCUUGCUGUCCUUGUCUUUCGCCACCUCCUCCUCAUAACCUGCGGGCGGCGCCUCUCUGCAGACAGACAUAGCAGGCACAUGCACACAGGCGCACUAGAUGCGAUGCGGGAGUGUGAGUGUUGUGUUGGUCACCUAAGGCUGAGCAGGCAGACGAGGAUUGAAAAGAGGAGGAUGUGCGUGAGGUUGUAGUCGAACGACCGCUUGAAGGGAAAUAUCCUCUGCAACACCUGCAAACACACACACACAAGCACACACACACAGAUGGACAGUAGACAAAGAUCACCGUAACAAUAGACACACCCGUUCAGGUGGGGUGUCUGCCUGCCUGCCUGCCUGCCCGCCCUCUGCUGACUGACCAUGCCAGCCUUGCCGAAGUUCUUUUGCGGGUCGACGAUCAUGCUGUAGAACUCCCCGAAGAGGAAGAGCAUCAGCGCCGACAGGCUCAUGAGGAACACAGCCAUCACCAGGCUGUCCAGGAAACGAGACGUCGCCACUAUCGCCAUCGCUACGGUGAAGAAUCAACUUUCGAUGUGCCUCCGACGGCCUGCUGGACCUCUCCCUUCGUCUUUGCUUCUCUGCGGG